GUGACCACAUGAGUUAUGUAUAGCCGCGUAUGCCACUUUAACUAUCAGGGUAGACUUUACCUCUAUCAGUGAAGAAACCAGAGAUCUGUACACCUUGCAGUUAGAGAGUCCCAUUCAUUCAUCUCCCUUCUCUAGCUGACGAUGUACGCGGAGAGAUUCCGUACUAGGGACACCGGGACCAUGGCCUCGGCAGUAACCUAUGGUUACGCCAACAGUCAAAGCGAAGCCUCCAGCUCCAUUAGUUUCCACCUCAAUGGAUCUCUCUACACAGUGAAGAAUGGCCAGUACGAGUUCACGACCUCUCUCAACGACUACAUCCGGGAUGUGGCUGGGUACAAGGGCACGAAGAUCAUGUGCCGAGAGGCGGGCUGUGGUGCCUGUGUGGUCACUGUCACUGUCUACGACCCCUCCGUCCAAACAGACCGCACCUUCAGCAUAAACUCAUGUUUGUGCCCGUUGUACUCAGUAGACGGCUGGCAAAUCGUGACCGUGGAGGGAAUUGGUAACCAGAGAGAAGGAUUUCACCCAAUCCAGGAGAGAGUGGCUGCAUUCAACGGCAGUCAAUGUGGCUACUGUACCCCAGGAAUGGUCAUGAGUAUGUACGGAUUCCUCCAUGACAAGCCGACCCCGACCCAAGAGGAAGUAGAGGCGGCGUUUGAUGGCAAUAUUUGCCGCUGUACCGGAUACAGGCCUAUCCUGGACGCCAUGAAAUCCUUCGCCACAGACAAUGACAGUGACAAAGCCAAGACGAUUGACAUUGAGGACCUAAAUAAAUUUGUCUGUCCCCGAAGUGGAAAAGCGUGUGCAAAUGGGGCAUCUGUCGCCAAUGGAACCAGAUAACAUUCAUUGGCCAUCACCAGUGGCAACGUCAAAUGGUACCGCCCAGAAAACCUGGAAGCCUUGUCAGUCCUGCUGAAGAAACACCAGAGGGACCGUCUCAGAAUGUUCUUUGGCAACACGAGCAUAGGUGUUUACAAGCCGGAUAGACCAUUUAGAGUCUACAUCGAUCUUCAUGGCAUUGACGAACUGUAUAAACGAGAGGUAUCAGACUGCGUCACUAUUGGAGCCAAUCACAGCCUCUCUUCUUUGGAACGCACUCUUGGAGAACUGUCCAGUCAGCAUGAAGGAUACACAUAUUUCAGCGCGCUACAACAGCACAUCAUGAAAAUUGGCAACAUGCCAAUGAGAAAUGCCGGAAGCUGGGCGGGAAACAUGAUGAUCAAGCAAGCUCAUAAUGACUUCCCGUCUGAUCUGUUCGUCAUGAUGGAGUCGGCUGGAGCUCAUGUGGAGAUUCUUGACGCCCUGACGGACUCCCGGCGCGCCUACCCGAUGGUGGACGUGAUGACGAUGAACAUGACCGGGAAGGUGGUGCUGGCCCUCAAACUCUUCAAACAGGACGACAAGGACCACUUCCGCUCCUUCAAAGUCAUGCCUCGUUCUCAGAAUGCACACGCUUACGUUAAUGCUGGAUUUCGCUUCAAGCUGGGUGGGCCAAACAAACAAGUUCUGGGGAAACCCUCCAUUGUGUUUGGCGGAAUCAAUGCUACAUUCAACCACGCUGUGAAGACAGAAAACUUCCUAACAGGGAAAUUUUUACAGAAACCGGAUGUUAUUAAACAGGCUCUGGUACUGUUACAAACUGAGCUAAAACCAACGCCCGAUCCAGUUCUUGCGAGUCCAGACUACAGACGAGAUCUCGCUGUCAAUCUAUUUUACAAGUUCAUCCUGGGUGUGAAUAAAGACGCCGUCAGCACCCCUCUGUCCAGCGGAGCGGAACAGCUGCUCCGACCGGUGUCUUCAGGUGAACAAGACUUUCCAACCAAAGAUGACGAGUUCCCACUCAAAAAGCCUAUUCCAAAAAUGUUGGCUCCAUUACAGGCUUCUGGAGAGGCUCAGUAUGUGAACGACAUUCCCGAACAACUUGGGGAACUGCACGGGGCAUUUGUCCUCAGUACUGUGGGUAACGCCGGUAUAGCCAGUAUCGACCCCUCCGCAGCUCUGGCAAUUCCUGGAGUGAGGCGAUUUGUCUCGGCAAAGGAUAUUCCUGGAGACAACAACAUGCUGGCUCCCUUCGGAAAGGAAGAGAUCCUUGCUAGUGAGAAAGUUAACUAUUUUGGACAGCCUGUUGGCAUCAUUUUAGCAGAUUCUCACAGCAUUGCUGUGGCUGCUGCCAAGCACGUGACCGUCAAGUACAAAGAUGUCAAGCCAGCCAUUGUACACAUAAAAGAUGCCAUUGCUAAGGAAUCAUUCGGUCCUUGUGCUGUCCCCGAUGUGAUUUCCGGAGAUCCAGAUGCCGCAAUGGAGUCUGCCCCACACACUGUCUCUGGAGAAGUAUAUAUGGGACAUCAGUACCACUUCUACAUGGAAAACCCGGUUGCGCUGUGCUGCCCUAAAGAGAACUCCCUUGACGUCUACACCAGUACCCAGUGGGCAGACAUCACCCAGUUUGCUUGUGCGUCAGCCACGGGGAGGUCUGUCAACAGCAUUGACGUGUCGGUAUCAAGAUUAGGAGGUGCGUUUGGCGGAAAGGCCACUAGAUCCUUCCUCUUCUCCACAUCGGCAGCCAUUUGCGCCACCAUUACUGGCAGACCUGUCCGUUUGAAUAUGAGCCUGCAGGAUAAUAUGCAAGUUGCAGGCAAGCGUUUUCCAAUUCUCGGACAAUACAAGGUUGGGUUUGACGACUCCGGAAAGCUCUUAGCCAUCGACUGUACAAUGACUGAGGACUGUGGCUAUCAUGGCCAAGAGGCGAACUUUGUGGGGCCAGAAUUACAGUCACAUUUGGAUGAAGGGUACUAUUGUCCAAACUGGAGAGUCCAUCUUCAGUUCGCUCUGACCAAUACAGCCGUGAAUACAUUUUGCCGGGCACCCGGCCCUGUGCCCGCUAGUAUGAUCAUUGAGACAAUCGUUGAACACGUGGCCAGAGCCUUGAAUAAAGACCCGAUAUUGGUGAAGGAAAUCAACCUGUACGAAGAAGGACAGUCAGAUCACACUGGUCACGCUCUGGAGUACUGUAGUUUACGCCGGCUAUGGCAGGAGCUGAAAACAUCCGCAGACGUGGAGAACAGACAGAGAGAGAUAGAACAGUUCAACCAGAACAAUCAAUGGAAAAAGAGGGGAUUAGCAAUGACACCGUUGAAAUAUGGCAUUAUAUGGAAAGGCUUCAACUUCACGGCCUUUGUGGCCAUUUACAAGGAUGGAACCGUGGCCGUGAGUCAGGGAGGCGUGGAAAUGGGCCAAGGACUCUAUACAAAGGUUGCCCAAGCUGUUGCGGCCACACUUGAUGUCCCUGUUGACUUUGUCAAAAUAAAGCCCACAAACACCCUGAUUGCUGCCAACAACAACGUCACUGGUGGGAGCAUUGGCAGUGAGCUAAAUGUCAUGGCUGCCAUCGAGUGCUGUAAGAUCCUGAACGAAAGGAUUGCUCCCUUCCGGACAAAGGAUGACCCCUGGCAGAAGGUUAUCAUGACCUGUGCGUUUUCUGAAGUUGAUCUCACAGCCAAGUACACUCACAAAGCUCCCCAUCCAGAGAAGCACUUCAACUAUUUCACGUACGGAGCCGGAGUGACAGAGUGUGAACUGGACGUUCUGACCGGGGAACAGGAGAUCCGCAGACUGGACGCCUUAUUGGAUUACGGAGAGAGCCUGAACCCGACCAUCGACAUUGGUCAAACGGAAGGAAGUCUGGUGAUGGGACAUGGUUACUUUCUGUCUGAACACCUCAUGUUUGAUGAUAAGACAGGCCGAAUGCUGAACAACGGAACCUGGGAAUACAAACCUCCCACGACCAAGGACAUUCCGAUUGACAUGCGUAUAAGUUUCCUGAAGGAUUCCAACAAUCCCCUUGGUAUUCUCGGAUCUAAAGCCACUGGAGAACCGCCAAUAGUGAUCUCGACUGGUGCUGUAUUCGCAUUAAAACAUGCUAUUGAGGCCAGCAGGAAAGAUCUGAACGGUGACACGAGUUACUUCCCCAUAGCCGAGUUACCCUUAACAGUGGAGAAGAGACAACAACUUUGUAAGGUGUCUUCUGACAAACUUACCCUCUGAAUGGGUGGAUCGAUGAGUGGGUGGAUGGGUGGGUGGGUGGAUGUGCGGUUAGAUUAAAUGAAUUGAACCAUAACAAGGUUGUACAUCUAUAGAUGUUUCGAAAAUUUCAUAUGUAGCGUAAUCAUCCAGUUGUAAGAUGGGUGGAGGUGAAGGGUAGGACUAUAUAUAUCUGUAAGAAUAUCUGCCCAGGAUCCAUUAGUAGGACGAGUUGAUUCAACGGAACCAACGGAACAAAUUUUACAUUCUCAUCAAACUGAACGUGUGGAACAACUGGAAUCCAUCAUGGAAAACCCAGUUAAAUCAACAGUGUGCGUUGUUUAAUGCUGGAACAUAUAUGGCCAAAUGAUUCUUCUCGAAAGAACCGGUGAAUUGAAUGGAAUCACAGUAAGGGCUUAGCAUGUGGGGAUGGAGUAAGAUGGGGGAGGGGGCGGGUAUGGCCUAGUGAUAGUAUCCUUACAUAUGGAUAACAGGUCACUAGACGGAAAGUGUGACUUUAGACAUAGUAGGCAAUGGACUGUUUAUAUAAUACCCAUAUACAUGUAGACUUUAUAUUCCGUUAUACGCUAUAUUUUUAUUGAUGUAUCCAAGAUUGUA